UUAGACUGUCAAUUGACUUUAAAUAAGAAAGAAUGUCUAAAGUACUAUAAUUUAUCAUCUAACAAGUUUUCAAAUUUAGUAGUAAGUUUAAUCAAAGUUAACACGGCGACAUCACGCGGAUUCAAUCGGCAAUUCCAAGUCGGAAGGUUUAAAGUUCACCGAUAGAUCAUAAUUGAAACAAAAAAUGCAUUAUCCCAGAUAAAAGUUGGAUAGUUUAUUAGUCAGGAAUAACCAUUCAGAUUGCAAACAUCAUCAUGAAUUGUUUAAUAGGGGAUACGGAACGACUUAUUACCAAUGAUAUGUUAUUAUGUACUGCACCAAGUCCUUCGUCUAUUCCUAAUGCUGAAAAUGCUCGAUCAGGAACCAGCAUAUUAAGUACAAUUUUUCUAAUUGUGAAUGCCACCUUAGGAGCUGGUCUUUUAAAUUUCCCACAAGCCUUUGAUAGAGCUGGAGGAUUGGUCAGUUCUAUUAACGUGCAACUUGUUGCGCUCAUCUUUAUUACUGCUACACUUGUCAUUUUAGCCAAUUGCAGUGACAUUACAAAUACCUGCACUAUGCAAGAUAUGUUUGCUAAUUUUUAUGGACAAAGAUCAUUGUUUCUAUGUGCACUUUGUAUUGUGAUAUAUAGUUUUGGAUGUUGCUUAACAUUUUUAAUAAUUAUUGGUGACCAGUUUGAUAGAAUUCUGGCAACAUACUAUGGACUUGAUUAUUGUUAUACAUGGUAUAUGUCCAGAACAUUUGUCACAACUGUGACGUGUAGUUUAUUUAUACUGCCUUUAUGCUUUUUUAAAGGAUUGGAUGUUCUAAGCUAUGCUAGUUCUAUUGGUUGCAUAACUAUUUUAUAUGUAAUAGCAUUAAUAGUCUAUAAAUAUUUUACAAAUACUGUGUAUCCCAUUAAUUCUAUGAAAAUAUGGCCAGACAACGAAUAUGAGGCACUUCAAAUAAUUCCAAUAAUUUGUUUCGCAUACCAGAGUCAUAUGACAGCAAUACCAAUGUAUGCUUGUAUGAAAGAACGCAAUCUUAAAAAAUUUACAUUAUGUGCUAUAGUAAGCAUGAUUAUUUGUUUUACUGCUUACACAGUGGUUGGUGUUUUUGGAUAUGCGACAUUUGGAGCUGGAAAAGUGCCCAGUGAUAUUCUUCAAGGCUAUGCAGACAAAAGUAUAAUUCUCACUUUAGGGAUUAUAUUCAUAGCAAUCAAAAAUUUUACUACAUAUCCAAUUGUCUUGUAUUGUGGUCGUGAUGCGCUUCUAAGUCUUUUAGGAAUGGACAGUAACUCUAUUAAAUUUAGAGUUUUUAUUACAUUGAUCUGGUAUAUACUGUCUUUAGUAAUUGCGGUACUAGUACCAGAUAUUUCACCAGUUAUUAAUUUUCUGGGUGCGUUGUCAGCAGCUUUUAUGUUUAUCUUCCCAGGCAUUUGCCUAUUUCAGAGUACACUUUUGAAAGAUUCGGAACUACAUUUAAAUAAAGAUCGACUGUUAAUAUUUUUUGCAAUUUUCAUUACUGCGCUUGGUGCGUUUAUAUCUGGUGUUAUACUUACAGAAGCAACAGAAGAUUUGAAUAUAAAACCUAACAAAAGUUCAUUAGUAACUGGAUUUAGACAGUUGAAAGAAAAUCUAUGUACUUAGUAUAUCUUAUAUGAUUUGAGGUUGUGAAAUAUUUUACACAAGAAAAAUUUGUGUAAACUACUAAUAA